AUGUUUAGGCAGCGCUUCAGCGGUAUUUCGAACGUUGUCCUUCGCUGUGCUGGCAUGUUGAAGUCGCCGAUAGUCCUUUUGUGUUUGGCGUUAAUUGUAGCUGAUGCCAAAAGAGGUCCUCAGAUUACUGACAAGGUUUUCUUUGACAUAACUCUGGGGGAAAAGGCAGCAGGUCGAAUCAUCAUUGGGCUUUUUGGCAAUACCGUGCCAAAGACCGUUGCUAAUUUCAAAGACGGGAAAGUGUAUGGCUUUGCGAAUAGUAUCUUUCAUCGUGUCAUCAAGGACUUCAUGAUUCAAGGGGGUGAUUUUACCAACAAAGAUGGAACAGGAGGAUUCAGCAUUUAUGGAGAUAAAUUUGAAGAUGAGAACUUCAAACUUCAUCAUGAAGGUCCAGGUUGGGUUUCGAUGGCAAACUCUGGUCGUGACACCAAUGGUAGCCAAUUUUUCAUCACUCUUGUUAAAACAACAUGGCUGGACGGGAAGCAUGUGGUUUUUGGUAAAGUUAUUGAAGGGAUGGAUCUAGUAGAGAAAAUCGGCGAAGCCGAAACUGAUACGAAGGACCGUCCAGUUACUGAAGUGAAAAUAUCAUCAUCUGGGGUUUUGCCAGUGGAUAAACCUUACAACAUAGAACUGUAG